GUCAUUAUAGGUUCAAAAAGCCCCAACUAGUUUUUCAAGAGUUUCUCCUCCUGUUUUCCCUGAAACUCGUGGUGCUUUUUUGCUCUACUUUCAAGAUGUAUUAAGGUCUCCUGUUUUGUGACUGCUUUGGGAGCCAGCAAAUACCCUGACAUGCAUAAUUCGAAUUAUGCAGGUUUUAUGAUAGCAGCAGUGUUGAAUUGAAAAAUGGCCAGUAGCAUGCUGAUUUCAAGACGUCCUUGCUGGUUGCAGUCAGAAAAACUACAGGUUUUCUUCAUUCAGGAACUAAAGAAGCAGUUGAAGAUACAAUACGUUUAUGGGUACUUCAUGUUCAUUACUUGUGAAAGCAAUUCAGGUAACAUAUCAUUUGUUGCAUUUCCAGUUUCCAGCGCCAACUCACCAACAAAAAUUUUACCAAAAACCUUAGGACCAAUAAAUGUGAAUGUUGGACCCCAAAUGAUCAUAAGCACACCACAGAGACUAGCCAGCUCAGGAAGUGUUCUGAUUGGGAGCCCGUACACCCCUGCACCAGCUAUGGUCACUCAGACUCACAUCGCAGAAGCAACUGGCUGGGUCCCCAGUGAUAGAAAACGGGCUAGAGAAUUUAUAGACUCUGAUUUUUCAGAAAGUAAACGAAGCAAAAAAGGAGAUAAAAAUGGAAAAGGCUUGAGACAUUUUUCUAUGAAAGUAUGUGAGAAAGUUCAGCGAAAAGGUACAACAUCAUAUAAUGAAGUAGCUGAUGAGCUGGUUUCAGAGUUCACCAAUUCCAACAACCACUUGGCAGCUGAUUCGGCUUAUGAUCAGAAGAACAUUAGACGAAGAGUUUAUGAUGCUUUAAAUGUGUUAAUGGCAAUGAACAUAAUUUCAAAGGAAAAGAAAGAGAUCAAGUGGAUUGGCCUGCCUACCAAUUCUGCUCAGGAAUGUCAAAACCUGGAGAUAGAGAAGCAGAGGCGAAUAGAACGAAUAAAGCAGAAGAGGGCCCAGCUACAAGAACUUCUCCUGCAGCAAAUUGCUUUCAAAAACCUGGUACAGAGAAAUCGGCAAAAUGAACAGCAAAACCAGGGCCCUCCAGCUCUGAACUCCACAAUUCAGCUGCCAUUUAUAAUCAUCAAUACGAGCAGAAAAACAGUCAUAGAUUGCAGCAUCUCCAGUGACAAGUUUGAAUACCUCUUUAACUUUGACAACACCUUUGAGAUCCAUGAUGACAUAGAAGUACUGAAACGGAUGGGAAUGUCCUUUGGCCUGGAGUCGGGCAACUGCUCUCUGGAGGACCUGAAACUUGCUAAAUCGCUGGUGCCAAAGGCUUUAGAAGGUUAUAUCACAGAUAUCUCCACAGGGCCUUCUUGGUUAAAUCAGGGACUACUUUUGAACUCUACCCAAUCUGUUUCAAAUUUAGACCUGCCCACCGGUGCCACCUUACCCCAGUCAAGCGUAAACCAGGGGUUGUGCCUGGAUGCUGAAGUGGCCUUAGCAACUGGGCAGUUCCUUGCCCCAAACAGUCACCAGUCCAGCAGUGCGGCCUCCCACUGCUCCGAGUCCCGCGGAGAGACCCCCUGCUCGUUCAACGAUGAAGACGAGGAAGAUGACGAGGAGGACUCCUCCUCCCCAGAAUAAAGACAGGAGAGAACUCACGUUUCCACAUUGAUGCUCGUGUGUGUUAGUGUGAGCUCUUGUUUUGAGAUGAUUUCUUCAGUCUUUGCCUUUGUUUGCACCGUGUGUUCAGUGAGAACUAGAGAAACACAGCCAGCAAGUUACUCGAAGGCUGAGAGGAUUGGAAUGUUAACAUAGUGUGAAUGAGAACUGGCCACAGCACUAGGUCCCACCCGCACAAAGCGCCUUUCCUGAGAGGGGGAGCGAUCCCCAGAACAGGCCCAGGAACGGGCGCGUCUCCGGGAGGCUGGCUCUCUGUGGCGCCCUCACCUACGUAAUCAUUUUAGAAUUGAGGUUGCUACAAGGAACAGCCCCGAUGACCAUGUCUCUCCCCCUUCCUGGGCUGCCUCUGACAGGCAGGCGCGAACACGCAAGUGCCGGUGGAGGUGUUCGGUGGGGGUGGAGAUCGCAGUCCUGGUGGCCCAGGAGCACAGGUUAACUGCUGAACUAGUUGGGAGUUUAGUUGAGGUGCUUUUAUGCAUCUGCUGCCUUAGACAGCUUCUAGAAAGGAGCAAGCGCUCGUUCUGAAGUACUUAAAUGACAUUUAGAAUAAUUUAUAGCAAAACUGAAAUUACCAUUAGCCAAUGCGUCGGUGCAUAGGAUUUCCUAGGCUACUUCUGGAAGCCAAACUAGAAUAGCAUUUCCAUGUGCAUUAACCACUCUGCCAGCACUGCCUUCUGCCAGCAUUCUAAACCUGGGGUUUCACAGAGAAGGAAACUGUAUCAUUUUACUCAAAGCUGUGCAUUUCAUACAGCUUUUUCAUUUAUAAUGAAAGAAAGAAGCAAAUUCCUAUGACCAAGUUGCUUGCCUACCGCUCUCUGCAGUCACUGUAUGAUCUCACCCAGUGUGCAAUUUGUGAAAAUGAACCAAAUGUCAUUACUUUUGCCUUGAAAGAAAAGUCUGUUUCAAGAAUAUGAACAACAA